AUGCUGGACUACCUAAAGUCCAUUGGGCAGAUCUCAGCCAAGGAUGGCUUACUCGUCACCUGGUAUCAUGCAGCCAAUAGCAAGAGCCAAAUGCAAGAAGCCCUGAACAGCGGCAUCAUGGUGUUGGAGGCUGACGUCAAUGUACAGGGACAAGGAACAGUCAAUGAGACGAAUAUUCCUAUCAUGGCUCAUCCCCCCGAUAUAUACAGUGACAAUACACUGCAAGAAUGGCUGGACGCUGUGCUGCUUUCCUCUAAAGGCAUCAAACUGGACUUCAAGAGCAUUCAAGCUGUCAGGCCGUCACUUGACAUAUUGCUGAAAAAGUCAUCGGAGAUUAAAAUCAACCGUCCUGUAUGGAUAAAUGCGGACAUCGUGGCCGGACCCAAUGUCAACCAUGAGAUAGGAAUCAAUGCCACACAGUUUCUGGGUUUAAUCCAAGAGAAAUUCCCGGAUAUCACAAUUUCCCCUGGAUGGGUGACACUGUACCUGCCACCGAUUAUCUCCAACAAAACGUACAGCAGAGAAAUGAUUGUGAAGAUGUACGAUCUAGUGAAGGAUCUUCCCCAGAAAAUCACCUUUCCAGCUCGAGCUGUCCUGACCCGCUCUGCCUGGCCUCACUUCAGCUGGCUACUGGAGCAGUCUGACCGGUACACUCUCACUUUAUGGCAAGGCAGUUCGGACCCACUUACCCUGGACGACUUGUUGUUCAUCCGUGAUAACAGCAAUCCUGAGCAGAUCUAUUAUGAUAUUUACGAACCCCUCUUAUCGGAAUUUAAAAAGAUAGCGUUGAAUGCAAACAGGAGGAAACUGUUUUAUUCCGGUGGCAGUCUGCGUAUGUAUUUCCACCCGGAGGACAAUGACGGAAUUCUUGUGAAAUGGUUUGACUCUGAAGGUGAUGUUUCAGCUGUGCAGAGCCUUCUACAAAUUGCAGGUAGCUUUGGAAUGCUCACAUUUGAAGUUGACGUUCAGUCGGUCAGCUCCACUCUUAUGCCAGUGGUGGUGCUUGCCCAGUCCAACGUUACACUUCCACUGGAAGGCUGUCUGAAGAUGGUGGUUGCUUCCGCUCUCCCAUGGGGUGUAUAUAUGAAACCUAAAGAUCAUGUUUCUCUCAAUGAGACUUUGCAUCUACUGAAUAGGCUGAACAGUGAUAAACUGCUGUAUGUUCCAGUGUGGAUCAGCAUGGAGAUAUCUUAUGGGAAUUUCAGCACACCAGGAUAUAUCAAAGGAGAAGACUUCAUCAGCAGCAUCAACAACAUUUUCCCAGGGGUCACCAUUGCCCCUAGAUGGCCUUUUGAGAAGCUGAAUAAUGGAUACACAGACCCAAUGGUGCUGGAUAUGUUAAAGCUCUUUGAAGGGGUGUGGCAGGAUGUGUCCUUCCAACUGCAGGCGGUGGCUCUUGGCAAGGGUUGGCUAAGCACUAUCCGUCUUUUGAAGGCCUCCUCUACAUACACGUUAACAGUGGAGCAUACUAAAGACCAGGGGACAUUCAUGGAAGGAUACCAUGGCUUAAUAACCAUCAGAACACAUACCACAAAUGGAGUGUAUUACAAACUACCCCCAGAAUAUUACUCUUCCCUUAUGACAAGCAUCUUCAGCACAUAG